UCCAAACACUGUUAGAGAUAUUUCCAGUUAGCUCAGAGUUGGCUAUCAGCUAGUUUCUGGUCGCACUAUAACACAGAGGAAGGAACUGAAUGCCUUUAUCGACAGUCUGUCUACAACUAAGUUUGAAGCUAUACAAGUCUGCGGAAGCUGUUUUGUAUUUCGAGCUGUUUCGGUAGUGGGCAUACCAUACGUGAUGGGGGAUUUUGGCUUCAAUGAACAUCACCAAAAUGAAGUGGUCAACUACAUGCGCUUUGCCCGUUCUAAGAGGACCCAAAGAUUGAAGACCAUAGACUCCUGUUUCCAAGACCUAAAAGACAGCAGGCUGGUGGAGGACACCUUCACGGUGGACGAGGUGUCUGCCAUGCUGGACGGGCUGCAGGUGGUGGUGCGGGGCGAGGUGGACACGGAGCUGCUCAACAUGGCCCACACCAACGUGCUGCUGCUCCGACAGCUCUUCUCCCAGGCAGAGAAGUACUACCUGCGCCUGCAGUGCGACAUCUCAGAGCUGGAGAACAGGGAGCUACUAGAGCAAGUGGCAGAGUUUGAGAAGGCUGAUUUUAAGUCCGGCAGUAAGACAAACCAGGAGGUCAGCAGACCAAAGUUGGCCCCACUGAAUGAGGGAGGAGUGUCAGAACUUCUGAACAAGGAAAUCGGAAGGCUCCAGGAAGAGAAUGAGAAGCUGAAAUCCAGAUUACGGACCCUUGAGUCCCAGGCCAUGAGUGCGCUGGACGAGCGCUCCAAGGCGGAGAGAGCCUUGAAAGACCUGCAGGUGGUCCAGGGGGAACAACAGCUUGCGGUGCAGUCACAGGAAAUCAGUAGCCUGGAGGACACGGUGGCCUCGCUGCAGGCCGAGUUUCAGAAGUCUCUGAGCGCCAAGGAGGCCUCUCAACGCGACCUCCAUGAGAACCUGGUCUCAGCCAAGCACGACCUGCUCAGAGUACAGGAGCAGCUCUCUCUGGCCGAGAAGGAGUUGGACAGGAAGUUCCAGGAAACAGCCGCGUUCCGCAACAUGAAAGAGAUGCUGUCCAAAAAGAACGACCAAAUCAAAGACCUCCGACGACGCCUACAGAAGUACGAGACAGAUGAUUGACUGGGUGCUACCACAGCAUCAUUGAAGGACACCCAAGAAGGAGCUGACACAUCUUCAAGUACUCUCAGCAACGUCUUCUUGUCGGAGCCUUUACUCCAAACAAACUCAUUUUUGUCUGUCUUAUGACUGGACUUGGGACUUUGACUAGGAGAAACAAAGAGAAGGGCUUGGUAUUUGAAUGGAUGUGCAGUUUACCAGCCCACCCACCCCCCAACCACACACACACACACACACACGAAUACACACACACCUCCAAUUCCUGAAAUAUUUUAGCACAUCUAAAUCUCCCCCCAGCAACUCUGCAGCUUAACUCUUCACGAUCCUGCCUAUUACGCGAGCAGCUUUUUUUCUGGUGAAAGGACACUAUGGAAUGCACACUACAGCUCCUACUCCUCACACUACUCAGUACAUACUACAUACUACACACUACACACUAGACACUGCACACUGUACACUGUACACGGUUACAGUACUGUACAGCACACUACACUAUGCACAUUCACAACACUAUAGUAAAGUGACAACAUCAAGGAAGGUGGAUCAUAACCACAUUUUCUCACAAAACUUUGGGUUUUUAUGUUUUUUUUUCUGUAGUUGACACUACAGUUACAAUUUCAGUAACCUCCUUGCCUCUAUGUGACUCUCUGCAUUGCUUGUGCACUAUUGAACUGUACAGCGCUUUGCAAGCACUAUCACGCCACUUGUAGGGGUAGGGGUUGUUAUGAGAAAGCUUCUGCCCUCAAACUCUUCUACCCCACCUACUCAAAGACGCCAUCACACUCCCAAAUCACCACACACACUCACUCACUCACUCUCACACACACACACACACACACACACACACACACACACACACACACACACACACACACACACACACACACACACACACACACACACACACACACGACUGGGGAUAGCUUAGCCUCAAGUACCAUUUGACAUUUUUGGAACAUAUUUCUUUUACACUCAUGUAUUGAGACAAUCUCUUGUGAGGUUUUUUUCCACUGUCACCUAAAAUUUACUCUGCUGUAUAUUUUCCGAUGGCAUGCUUAUCUGUUACAAAGAUUGAUCAUAGUUUGGCUCUGCUAUUUCUGUCAAGCAGUUGGUACUGAACACAUUCCGAGUGGUGAAAACAGUUGUUUACAUUUCAUUGUAUAUGUUUUAUUUUUCAAAUCUUGUUCGGUCAUUUCAGGCUUUGAUUAUUUUUGGGGGAACUCAUGUUGAUCUAUUGUCUUCUUGUAUUGUAUUUCUGCAACGACCUCAACAUAAAGCCUAUUUUCUUAUUGAUUAUUACAUUCAUGCAAUCAUUUGUAACUAAGAUUGAUUGUUUUAUGAUGUAGUGAAUAAUAAAACUCAGCUUCUAGUCGA